ACCAUUCCGUAUGCACCCUGAAGGUGGCAUGACAUUUUUCUGGUCGCUGCCGGUAGUUCGCGUUUCCGUGAUACCACAGGGUGAUACCUUCCUUCCGUCCACUUCCGAUAUAUUUUUUUCAGCGCCUCCACCCCUCCACCUCCACCACCUCCAUCCUCUACCUCCUCUCCAACUUCCGCAUUCCCGUGAUGCUCUUCUUGGUAACCCGUUUGUAGUAACGUUCGUUUUUGGUAACCCGGGAAACUUGCUUGCGCCGUGGAAAAAUGACUCUGAAGGCAUACAAAGCAGCCACGAAAUUGUGAACAUUGAUUUGAAGAACAAGCCAGACUGGUUCCUUAACGUCCAUCCAGCUGGCAAGGUGCCCUUGCUGCAGCAGGAUGACAAAGUGAUCAACGAAUCCCUUAUUGUGGCUGAAUACCUGGACGAGGCUUACGGUUCAUCCAGACUCCUCCCUACGGAUCCCUACCUGAAGGCUCGAGACAAGAUGUUUCUUGAAGUUGGUUGUCCGGCGGCCAUAUCGGUUUUGAAGAUAUAUUACAACAAGGAGGACAGGCUGCAGAUCUGGAGUAACUGGAUAGAAAAGUUGAAAGCCAUCGAGGAAGAACUAGCUUUACGGAAAAUGCCAUAUCUAUCCGGUGCACAUCCAGGCUUCAUUGACUAUAUGACUUGGACCUUCUUCCCAAGAGCCGGAGCAUUCUCCACGGUAUUUCCGGAGCUCAAAAUGCCAUCCCCUUCUCAAUAUCCACUUCUUGUUUCAUGGAUGAACCUCAUGAAGAAAGACCCUGCUGUGGUGGGUACCGUAAAUGAGGCCCAUCUGCUUGAACACACAAAAGGUGUCUUGAAUGGCAUUUUUGAUUAUGAUGUGGGUCUGUGAACAAUGCGAUAUAUCUGUGACCUAUUCCUUUACAUUAUGCUAAAGCCCUAUGCAAUUAUGUAUUUUCUACAUCUACAGGGCUUUGCCAUUUGUUUGUCUGUGAUAGAUUUCUUUCUGGUCGCGCAUGUUGACAACUGGGAUUAGCGGUUGCUAGAUAAUACGAAGGUGGAGGUUGUUGCUUGGCUUCAACAUGUUCAUUUUUCUACACUGUAACAAGAUCUGCUUGCUUAUGUGGGUUCCUUACAAAGGGAGUCACUGGCAGUUUAUUCAGGGUGCUUUGUUCAGGGUACCGUUGUGAUUACUUAUGCCGCGGUUUUGUGGAUGCGGUUGUGAUGAAACAGUCUUAUACUCUAUGCAACAGAUAUACAAACACAUAGUCCUCUAUGCUUUUUUUUUUCACUGAGAUGUUAAAAAUGUUUGUCACUGCUCAAUGCCAUGUGAGUCAUGCGCAUCAUUUACGUUGCUUGUCAAUUGUAUACAAUGUUGUGCUAAACAGAUGCAAUUUUUGUAUGGGAUGGAGUAUAAUAAAGCCAUUGUUAACAAAGCCCUCUGUACGUUACAUUUUGCCUGUUUGCAUUACAAGUAAAGCAGUGGAGGCUGUGUGCGACAGAUUCCAAUUUUUAU